AUGGAGUAUCUUCAGAACACCACAAGCCCAAACGUCUGUCUGUCCGGAGGUGCUGACGGCGCCGACUUGGAAUGGGGCUAUUGUGCUGCAUCUAUGGGACAUCAAGUCAUACAUUGGAGUUUUCCUGAUCACUCAAGCCGCGCUUCAGAAGACCAACUGGUACGACUUGAUGAUGAAGAGCUCAAGAUAGCCGAUAGAGCCAUUGAAAAUGCGGCCGAGGCUCUCGGGAAAACCCCACCACGGCGACCGACAGUCUCUCGCUUGCUGCGCCGAAAUUACUACCAAGUGGCUUGGAGCGAAGCAUGCUACGCCGUCACUUUCUUUUCAGAGACUGGGGGUCACGCUCAACCUCCUGGAGGAACGGUAUGGGCAACGACUAUGUUUUCGCAGUUACAUCCAGACAGCCACGCCCUCUAUGUUUUUGACCAAAUCAAAGAUGUUUGGUUGCAGUGGCAAGGCGAAUGGGUUGUCAUUGAAACGCCACCUCGUCCCUCAGGUGUCUGGGCUGGUAUUGGCGCUCGCACUCUUCAGCAAAACGGAAAAGAUGCUAUUCGGAAGUUGAUGUGUUGCACAACAGAUCAGAUAUAA